GACCACGGGCAAUCAUCCGCCCCUCCUCCACACCCUAGUAUCGUUUACCCAGUUGCAUUGAUUGCGAAAUAAGCCCGCUUCCAUUCUUCCACCAUGUCGUCGGUUCGGUUCACUUCCGCAUUGGCUCGCCGCUCCCUCAACUCCCCUCUCUCCUGCGCUGCCCCUCCUUGUUCCUCCGCUCUUCGCUCAUUCUCCUCUGCCUCUUAUUCUGCCCGAUCUUCUUAUUCUUCCUCUUCUUCUGCUUCCCCCUCUACCGCUCGCGCCCUCGCUUCAUCUUCUGCCCGCAUCACCCGUCCCGCAGCAACUCGUGCUCUGUACCGCAUCCAAUCCCGCACCAUGGCGACUGAAGGACCCAAGAUCAAGGUUAAGAACCCCGUCGUGGAGUUGGACGGUGAUGAGAUGACCCGUAUUAUCUGGAAGGAAAUCAGAGAGAAGUUGAUCUUGCCCUUCCUUGACGUCGAUCUCAAGUACUACGACCUGGGUCUCGAGUACCGUGACCAGACCGAUGACAAGGUCACGGUCGAGUCCGCUGAGGCCAUCAAGAAGUAUGGUGUCGGUGUCAAGUGCGCCACCAUCACUCCUGAUGAGGCCCGUGUCGAGGAGUUCAAGCUGAAGAAGAUGUGGCUCUCUCCCAACGGCACUAUCCGUAACAUCCUCGGUGGCACCGUCUUCCGUGAGCCCAUCGUCAUUCCUCGCAUUCCCCGUCUCGUUCCCGGCUGGACCAAGCCUAUCAUCAUCGGCCGUCACGCCUUCGGUGACCAGUACCGUGCUACUGACCGUGUGAUCCCCGGCCCCGGCAAGCUUGAGCUUGUCUACACUCCCCAGGGUGGCCAGCCCGAGUCUAUCAAGGUCUACGACUUCCAGGGCGGCGGCGGCAUCGCCCAGACCCAGUACAACACCGAUGAGUCUAUUAGUGGCUUCGCUCACGCCAGUUUCAAGCUCGCCAUCGCCAAGAGCCUCCCUCUGUACAUGAGCACCAAGAACACCAUCCUCAAGAAGUACGAUGGCCGCUUCAAGGAUAUCUUCCAGGAGAUCUUCGACACCACCUACAAGAAGGAAUUCGAUGCCAAGGGUAUCUGGUAUGAGCACCGUCUUAUUGACGACAUGGUUGCCCAGAUGAUCAAGAGCGAGGGUGGUUUCAUCAUGGCUCUUAAGAACUACGACGGUGACGUCCAGUCCGACAUUGUUGCUCAAGGCUUCGGCUCCCUCGGUCUGAUGACCUCGACUCUCAUUACUCCUGACGGCGAGACCUUCGAGUCUGAGGCCGCCCACGGCACCGUCACCCGCCACUACCGUGAACACCAGAAGGGCCGCGAGACCUCUACCAACCCCAUUGCUUCCAUCUUCGCCUGGACCCGUGGUCUUGUUCAGCGUGGUACCCUUGAUGAGACCCCCGAUGUCGUCAAGUUCGCCGAGGAGCUCGAGCGCGCCUGUAUCGACGUUGUCAACGACGAGGGCAUCAUGACCAAGGAUCUUGCUCUUGCCUGUGGCCGCAAGGAUCGUGAGGCGUGGGUCACCACCCGCGAGUACAUGGCUGCUGUCGAGCGCAGACUCCGUUCCAACCUGAAGUCCCGCCUGUAAAUAUACCAUGAUCUAGCGUUUUGUAUAUGAUUUUCCUUGCGCGUUUCAACCAUUACGAUACCUGCUCUAGCACACAACGAUUGUUGGCUGGAUUCUAACUAGAUCUUUGGGGUGGCUUCAUACGGGAUCCGACAACUGACACUGUACAUCUCGGACUCGUGGGGAUGAAGAAUGAAAAGUUCGUUCUUACAUGGAAAGCGAACAUGCGGAGGAGCCUUACGGCAGAAUCUUCUCUUUUGGUUAUGUCUCAUUCUUACCGGAGACCUGGAAGCGAAGGUUAUCUUUACCUCGAUAGCUCUAGGUAUGACGGUCGCUUGCUGGACUUGCCACUACGAAUAUACAGCUUAGCUUUCGCUUUAGAUAGAAAUGAUUCGUUACCUACCUAGCCAAUAUUUCAUGUUCUCGCCUGUAGGCAACUCUUCAGCGC